AUGGCGGCGGCCGCGGCGCUCUCGGGCGCGGGCGGGCCUCCCGCGGGCGGCGGGGGCGCGGGCGGCGGGUCCCCGCCGGGCAGCUGGGCUGUGGCGCGCCUCGAGGGCCGCGAGUUCGAGUACCUGAUGAAGAAGCGCUCGGUGACCAUCGGGCGCAACUCGUCGCAGGGCUCGGUGGACGUGAGCAUGGGCCCCUCGAGCUUCAUCUCGCGGCGCCACCUCGAGAUCUUCACGCCCCCGGGCGGCGGCGGCCAUGGCGGGGCGGCCCCGGAGCCGUCCGCGCAGCCCGGGCCCGACGCCGGCGGCGACUUCUACCUCCGCUGCUUGGGCAAGAACGGCGUGUUCGUGGACGGCGUGUUCCAGAGGCGCGGGGCGCCGCCGCUGCAGCUGCCGCGCGUGUGCACGUUCAGGUUCCCGAGCACAAACAUCAAGAUCACGUUCACUGCCCUGUCCAGUGAGAAGAGAGAGAAGCAGGAGGCCCCCGAAUCCCCGGUGAAACCUGUGCAGGCCCACAUCUCGCCCCUGACCAUCAACAUUCCAGACACCAGGGCCCACCUCAUCAGUCCCCUUCCCUCCCGCACAGGAACCAUCAGUGCUGCAAACUCCUUCCCAUCCAGCCCCCGGGGAGCAGGGUCUUCGGGGUACAAAAUGGGCCGUGUGAUACCAGCUGACCUCAAUUUAAUGGCCGACAACUCACAGCCAGAAAAUGAAAAGGAAGCUUCUGCUGGAGACAGCCCAAAGGAUGAUUCAAAGCCUCCUUAUUCCUAUGCACAAUUAAUCGUACAAGCAAUUACGAUGGCUCCUGAUAAGCAGCUUACAAAUGGAAUUUAUACUCACAUCACUAAAAAUUAUCCAUACUACAGGACAGCGGACAAGGGCUGGCAGAAUUCAAUUCGCCACAAUCUCUCCCUGAAUCGUUAUUUCAUCAAAGUACCACGUUCCCAGGAAGAACCAGGCAAAGGCUCAUUCUGGAGGAUAGAUCCUGCCUCUGAAAGCAAAUUAAUAGAGCAGGCUUUUAGGAAAAGACGGCCUAGGGGCGUGCCUUGCUUUAGAACCCCUCUGGGACUGCUCUCCUCUAGAAGUGCCCCAGCCUCUCCCAAUCACGCUGGAGUGCUCUCUGCUCACUCCAGUGGUGCCCAGACUCCCGAGAGCCUGUCGAGGGAAGGUUCACCAGCUCCCCUGGAACCUGAGCCCAGCGCCUCACAGCCCAAACUGGCCGUCAUCCAGGAGGCACGGUUUGCCCAGAGUGCACCAGGCUCGCCUCUGUCUAGUCAGCCUGUUUUAAUUGCCGUGCAGCGGCAGCUGCCGCCGCCGCCGAUCAAGCCCGUCACCUACACAGUCGCUGCUCCCGUGACCACCUCGACCUCCCAGCAGCCUGUCGUGCAGACGGUGCAUGUCGUCCACCAGAUCCCUGCGGUGUCCGUCACCAGCGUGGCCGGCCUGGCCCCGGCGAGCACAUACACUGUCGCCGGCCAGGCCGUGGUCACUCAGGCGGCCGUGCUGGCCCCUCCUAAGGCAGAGCCGCAAGAGAAUGGAGAUCACAAAGAAGUAAAAGUGAAAGUGGAACCUGUUCCCGCGAUUAGCCAUGCCACACUGGGCGCUGCUAGCCGGAUCAUUCAGACGCCACAGACCACCCCAGUCCAGACGGUUACCAUAGUGCAGCAGGCACCUCUGGGUCAGCACCAGCUACCAAUAAAAACUGUAACGCAAAAUGGGACUCACGUGGUGCCAAUCCCUGCCGCCGUCCAUGGCCAGGUGAACAAUGCAGUGGCGAGUCCUCUGCACAUGUUGGCAACACAUGCCUCGGCGUCGGCCUCCCUGCCCACAAAGCACCAGAAUGGCGACCAGACGGAGCAGCCGGAGCUGAAGCGGGUCAAGACGGAAGACGGCGAGAGCAUCGUCAUCGCCCUGAGUGUGGACACGCCGCCGGCAGCUGGCAGGGAGAAAGGUGUCCAAAACUAGCGACUGGGACAGCUUUUCUUACUUUAGUAUCAACUCUGUGGUGCCAAAAGGAGACACUGCCACUCACCGAUGCUCGGAGCGCGUUAUCUCGGUGGGUAGAGGGCCCUGCGGUUGGACUUCACCUCAGCACUGAAAACACAAAACCCAGGUGGCCUUAAAACUCCUAAAAGACAGAAGUCACACCUGAACAAAACCACAUGCAACAAAACCUGGUUCCGGCAGUGUCUCCCCACCCCGAGCUCAGCUUGUCACUCCGGAGCGGAGCUGCUGGGACAGGGCGGGGACUGUCCCCACCGCCCUCCCCAGGACCCUUGGGGCUGGCACUGGUAGAUGAGACAGUAUUUUGUUGUUCACAUGUGGAAUUAGAAUAUUUUGAGGUGUACUUUCUUUACAAAAUAACGGGGUCUUUGACAUGUCCGAUCGCUCCAUUUCUACUCUGGAAAUUUUGGAAUCACACAGGACCUUUCGUGUUGAUUUCAUUUGGGGAAAAGAAACAAUGUAGUUUUGUUUUUGUUGUUUGUUUUCAGCCUAUGGAAUGAUUUCCUUUUGUCUGUCCUGUUAACGUUCAGAUGGAGCUACUUGAUGACAUCUGCAGGUUUUCCGUGUUAGAGCAGGUGCCAGAUGCAUCUAGGACAGACGGACAGACUGGACAGAUGGACGCCCAUGCUGGGCCGCAUGUUAACCAUGACUGAAAAGAACUGCUGG